AGAAGACCGAGAAGAAACUUGCUGCUCGAGAGGAAGCUAAACUGUUGGCGGGCUUCAUGGGCGUCAUGAAUAACAUGCGGAAACAGGGUGGAGCUAGUAGAAGACAGAUCCUCCUGUACGUGUUAAUUUAGAGCAGAAACAGUCGUGGAUAAAUACCGUGCCGCCUUUUAAGGGCACCGUGCGCCUCUGUUAAGAGGAGUUCUUUGUUCUUUGAUGUGUGGCGUAUUAGUGAAAGUCUUCAGCACGUCGGCGAAAGUGAUUUAAAUCUACCACCCAACUAUAGUUGAAUCUACAGUCUACCCAGGGAUUUGUACCCAGGGUCAACUUGAAAUCACGCUGGGAGGGACUGAUUGCAGAACCUUGUUGACAAGCUACAUAAAUCCAAAGAAAACAUUGUGUGAUGUGAUCCUUAUGGUCCAGGAAAGAAAGAUACCUGCUCAUCGUGUUGUCCUUGCUGCAGCAAGUCAUUUUUUUAACUUAAUGUUCACAACUAACAUGCUUGAAUCAAAGUCCUUUGAAGUGGAACUCAAAGAUGCUGAACCUGACAUUAUUGAACAACUUGUGGAAUUCGCUUAUACUGCUAGAAUUUCUGUGAAUAGCAACAAUGUUCAGUCUUUGUUAGAUGCAGCAAACCAGUACCAGAUUGAACCUGUGAAGAAAAUGUGUGUUGAUUUUUUGAAAGAACAAGUUGAUGCUUCAAAUUGUCUUGGUAUAAGUGUGCUAGCAGAGUGUCUAGACUGUCCUGAAUUGAAAGCAACUGCAGAUGACUUUAUUCAUCAGCAUUUUACUGAAGUUUAUAAAACUGAUGAAUUUCUACAACUUGAUGUCAAGCGAGUUACACAUCUCCUCAACCAGGACACUCUGACUGUGAGGGCAGAGGAUCAGGUUUAUGAUGCUGCAGUCAGGUGGUUGAAAUAUGAUGAACCUAACCGCCAACCAUUUAUGGUUGACAUCCUUGCUAAAGUCAGGUUUCCUCUUAUAUCAAAGAAUUUCUUAAGUAAAACAGUACAAGCUGAACCACUUAUUCAAGACAAUCCUGAAUGCCUUAAGAUGGUGAUAAGUGGAAUGAGGUAUCAUCUCCUGUCUCCAGAGGAUCGAGAAGAACUGGUAGAAGGCACAAGGCCCAGAAGAAAGAAACAUGACUACCGCAUAGCGCUAUUUGGAGGCUCCCAACCACAGUCUUGUAGAUAUUUUAACCCAAAGGAUUAUAGCUGGACAGACAUCCGCUGCCCCUUUGAAAAACGAAGAGACGCAGCAUGCGUGUUUUGGGACAAUGUAGUUUACAUUUUGGGUGGCUCUCAGCUUUUCCCCAUAAAACGAAUGGACUGCUAUAAUGUCGUUAAAGAUAGCUGGUAUUCCAAACUGGGCCCUCCAACACCUCGAGACAGCCUUGCUGCCUGCGCUGCAGAAGGCAAAAUUUAUACAUCUGGAGGUUCCGAAGUUGGAAACUCGGCUCUGUAUUUAUUUGAGUGCUAUGAUACAAGAACUGAAAGCUGGCACACAAAGCCCAGCAUGCUGACCCAGCGCUGCAGCCAUGGGAUGGUGGAAGCCAACGGCCUGAUCUAUGUUUGCGGUGGAAGUUUAGGGAACAAUGUUUCUGGGCGUGUACUGAAUUCCUGUGAAGUCUAUGAUCCUGCCACAGAAACAUGGACUGAGCUGUGUCCAAUGAUUGAAGCCAGGAAGAAUCAUGGACUGGUAUUUGUAAAAGACAAGAUAUUUGCUGUGGGUGGUCAGAAUGGCUUAGGUGGUCUGGACAAUGUGGAAUAUUACGAUAUUAAAUUAAACGAAUGGAAGAUGGUCUCACCAAUGCCAUGGAAGGGUGUAACAGUCAAGUGUGCAGCAGUCGGCUCUGUAGUUUAUGUCUUGGCUGGUUUUCAAGGUGUGGGUCGAUUAGGACACAUCCUUGAAUAUAACACUGAAACAGACAAAUGGAUCGCCAACUCCAAAGUCCGAGCUUUUCCAGUAACAAGUUGUUUAAUUUGUGUUGUUGAUACUUGUGGAGCAAAUGAAGAAACCCUUGAAACAUGAAAAAUGAGUGAACUUCAAGACUCACUGGAGACUCAAAAGUAUGGCCACCAGUGCUUUGUUCCAAGAGUUUGGUUACAAAGUUUUAGUUUGGUAUUCUUUUCAAGGAAGUUUCAAGUAAAGUAAGAUUCCUAUAAAAUAGAUUUUCUUUUAUAUGGGAUUUCUUACUUCAUUCAAAGACCAUAUUUCAGCUGACCACAUAACCAAGAACAUAUCUAGCAAGAAAACUUGUAAAGUUAUAAGCAUUUGGUGAAAGUAUGAAUUCUUAAAUGAAUUUCACAUUUGUAACUAUGAUUAUGGCAGAAUGGGGGAUUGACUCACCAUAGAAGCAACCUCAUCUUAGCUCUAGAUUCUAUUUUCAUACAUCAUAGAAGUGCUAUGUAGUUAGGUCUGUUUGUUUCUGUUCAGUCAAGAACUAAGAAAUAGUAUGAAUUGUAAGUCAAAGAUAGGCAGUUCUGAUGGAGCAGCUUAGUCUCACGUAAUUUUGCUUGUCUUCAUUUGUUCCAUUUAGUGCCAAAUGUAUUGCAUUUUAAAAGCAAGCCAGAGUGAGUCAAAGCAUACACUUAUAUCUUACAAAACUUCAUAAACACAUUGUGAGAGUUAAAAACGUACCCAACUCCUCAUGAAAUAUAUUCUAUCCAAUUAAAUAAUUCCAUCUUUUUAACACAAAAUGUCAAGCCUAGCACCCAUUACUAAUUUAUAUCACUUUUUCUCCCAGGGGUUAAAAAAGGAUUAUGCGUCUUCAGUGCUCACUCUGUUAAAUAAAAUCCAAUCAUUAUAAGAAUUAUUACCUAGCAAAAGAAAGCUACUUAUAGCAAAUAUCUAGGUCACUAGAAUAGCAUUGAUAGUUAUACAUUUUGAACUUCUUACAGAUUAGAAAGGUACAUGAUUUCUCUUCCUUAGCAGAGCACAUCAUUGAUAUUUGACCCAGUUGUCUCUAAAAGUUUUUUAGUUGAGUUAAAUAUUUGUCAUCUUGUAUUAAUUGCUUAUAUGUGAUCAGUAAAUCUUUUACAAACCCAACUAUUCAUUUCUUUCCUAGUAAUGUUUUGCCCUUUUACAUUAUGAAAUGUAUGGAGUGAGCCAUGUAAAACUGUCACCAUCCAUGUUUUUACCUGGUAAUAUUAAAUAUU